GUGCGGUGUUCCGUUUGAUGUAGUCGCAGGAAACACAGCUUUAUCCCAGCAGCCGGAACCAUUGGCUGUCAGUUGCGAGUCCCUUCUGCUAUACGGGGGAGACAUAGGACAACUCCUUGUUCGCCAGAGGACUGUCUUCAACUCACUGUUUCCACUUCCAAGUGGAGUGGGCAUGGCAGCUGAAGACAGCCAGGCUGUGGCGAAGGUUACCAGCGGCAUGAUGGACCUGGGCAUGGCGGAGGAUGUCAAACACGAUCUGGAGCUGAUCAUGAAGCCCUACGCCAACUGGGAGGAGUUCCUGACACCCGGGCCCAUCUCCAUUGCUAUCCUGGGGGAGUUGAUCUUCAUCUCAGCAGCAGAGUCCUUCAAGAUCACGCUGAGCCCUGACCGAGCGAGCGAGCCAGGUCUCCUCAAACACCCUGAGUCCUUCCACGCCAGCCUGCUCCAGGUCAUUGACCAGGGCUGGAGGGCCUUCAACAAGGCCCACAAGAACAUGGACCAGAUACGCCUGUACUCUCUGACCGCUCCCAAGCACCUGGCCAGUGCGGUGCAGGUUCUGGGCCGUGAGCCAGCCUAUGUGAAGGCCAUGCUGCCCCGCCGGCUGCAGAGCAUCAAGAACAUCGCUGACGAAUGCGUCCAACUGUCCUCAGCGGCCGAAGAGGAGUUCUCUCUGCUUCUCCAGUUGAUUCAGGAGCUGCUGGAGGCUUGUGCCGGAGCCCGCACCUCCUAUCAGGAGAAGGAAAGUCAAGUCCAGCUGGUCCUAAAGGAGGCCAAACUCAGAAAGAAGUCAGCGGAAGAGAAAAAGUUCCAGGCGGAUAUUCAGUUUACCCAGAUGUGCAAGGACUUGGAGGAGGCGCGCAAAACUUAUACUAAGGCCGUGAAGAGGAUCCCGGCCACUAAGACACUGCUGGGGGUCUACGUGACGCAGACCAUGUUGGACAUGACCAACCGCAUCGCCACUGAGCUGGUCACCAAAGGGCUCUGUGAGCCGGUGAGCCUGGCAGUGGAGGUGGGCGAGACGGCAGUGCAGUGCCUGAAGGGAAUCAAAGACAGGAACAAGGCCAAGGAGGGAGGCGAGGCCGCCGACAAUGCUGAGACCUCAACCGGGCCACCUCCCAUCAGCAUCUGCCUGAAGGCCAUGGAGAUGCUGUUGGCCACUGCGGCACUUCAGCAUUUCCUGGCUGCGGAUGGGAGCCUGGAUCACAGCAAGCUCGCGGCUCCGGUUGGGAAGGAUGAGGAUGAAGAUGAGGACGCCGGGAUAUGCAGGCCCUUGUUCGAAAACGCCUUGAGCAAGCUUGAGACUGAGGACGACUGUGGACCAAGGAAGGAGGCCCUUCUGCUGUGCAGUGAAGGCAUCGCCACUUGCAAGCGGUUGGAAGAGAUGAGGAAGCAAGAGAAGCUGGAGGAGACCGAGACUAAGCAAGUGGCUUUGGACAUCAAGGACCUCAGCACCAAAGUGCGCAAGUUCCUCUCAGGCACCAAAGGUUCCUCCAAGGCUCCGUCCAUCGCUCCCACUCCCCUUAACUUGGCCAACGUCAUCAACACAGAGAAGAACGAGGAAGGCCUGGCCAAGGUGAUCCAGGAGGAGGCCUGUUUUAAGGUGGAGCAGGCCAAAUGUCAGAUGGACAUCACGAAACAGGAGUUUGAUAAGAUGUCCGAGAAGAAGGACCAGGCCAACAAGGACCUGGACGAGAUCCUGGUAUCCAUGAUGAAGUGCGAGGUGAAGAAAAUUGACUUCGAUGAGACGGUAAAGAUGUUGACGGCGGGGCUGAAGGCUCUGAGCGAAGUCAAGGAGCAGUGGGCCAAAAUGAGCAACUUCUUCCAGAUGAUGUCCAAUCUGAUCAAAGUUUCGCUCAAGGACAAGAUGGAGGAAUUUGCCAAUGAGAGCGAAGCAUUACAAGCCAUCCCGAGCUACUCCCUGAGCUCCUUCGACAAGGGCAUGAUCUACACCCAGGUCUUCCACGCCUGCAGCAUCGCCAACCUCUGCCACAUGAUAUCAGGAACGUACGUGGAGAUCUCCCAAAAGUACCUGAGGGACCAGGUGUCCGGCCUAGAGACCCACAUGCACCUGAGCCCGUCCGACCCCAUGUUCAAUGUCCAUCGCAGCGGUCUGCAAGAAGCCUACAAGAAGGCCAAGGAAGCCAUCCAUGCCCUAGUGGAGAAGAACAAGCAAGAAUUUGAGAUGGAGAUACAGCAGCGGAUCGGGGUAUUCAACGGGGCUUUGAAGGGCAUCCUCCCCCCCGCGGUGGAGUAAGAAAGUGAAGCUGCUGAGAAGAAGCCUGACUGAGGACUUUGGCACUGGACCAGAUUCUGGUAUAGUCUAAGGCCAGAGGAAGGAAAUAUGACUCAAAUGUCCCUGGUAUGGAAACCUUAGCUCAAAUUCUUCACUUCCCAUCUUCCGUGCAUACGGUAAUGUAGAAAUAAUAUUAAUUAGGAAGGGGAAAAUUAGCCUGGGAUACUCUAAUAAUAAUCCUUGCAUUCGAUAAAGCACCUUAUCAUGUCUUUGAGACGUCUCAAAGCGUUUCAGAUUAUACUGUAAAGUGAAUCGGCAGUAUAUAUGUGGGCAAAACGGGGCAGCCAAUUGUGCAAACAGUCAUUGAUUGAGUGAACACAUUCUUUUUAUUUUUUCAAUUUAAUUACAAAUAAAUCUAAAGAUCUCCUAUACUUGAGACACCCAAAUUACUCAUGAUUUUAGAUUGCCUUAAAAUAUAAGAUCUUGUAGGAAAGGGGCUGGGACUGUGAGCAAUGUAGAUGUGAAUUAGAUGUUGUCUAAAUGCAGCUGAAUGAUCAUGACGGAUCCUGUGGAAUGUAUUUUUUUAAUGUUCAGGGAACUAAAUAAACAACAUCUGACAAAA